UAGUAUACGCGUAUACCGACGCUGUCGCGCCGACGGGACGGACGCGCGCGCGUGCUAGAUCGCCUCCGACCUCUAAUUGGAUUCCGUCCGAGGCCUUAUAAAAUCGCGAAGCGGGCGAGAGAAGGAGGAGGAAGAGGAGGCGGCGACAACGACGACGAAGACGCGAGAUCGCGUGUGCGACGACGGGACGACGACGACGACGGCGGCGGCAGUGGCGGAGACGAUCUCCUUUCCCGUGCGUUCGCGAGAACUCGCGAGAUCGCCGACCUACGACACGCGCUACCGCGGAAAGCGGCCGUUUCACGAGUGUUAACGCAUCCGCGUAAAAAAGCAGAGGAAAACACGGGGGCGAACGGUGAAAAGGAAAGCGAAGAAAAAGGAGGAGGAUCGAGAGAAAUGAUGAAUAAGGAACAGGCUCACGAUGCCAAACAACAGAUCGCCACGAGUCCCGAGGAUACGGAGGACAUGCCCGCGGGGCAGCAGGGCCCGCAGGUGCCGCGGCGGCGGGGCGGAAUCUCAGCGGAGCCGGUCUCCGAGGAGGAUGCCACCAGUUACGUCAAGAAGGUCGUACCUAAGGACUACAAAACCAUGGCUGCCCUGAGCAAGGCGAUCGCCAAGAACGUCCUGUUCGCGCAUCUGGACGAGAACGAGCGCUCCGACAUAUUCGACGCGAUGUUCCCCGUGACCUUUCUGCCUGGCGAGGCGAUCAUUCGUCAAGGCGACGAGGGCGACAACUUCUACGUGAUCGAUCAAGGGGAAGUCGAAAUAUUCGUCAACGGCGAGCUGGCGACGACGAUCGGCGAGGGUGGGAGCUUCGGCGAGCUCGCGUUAAUCUACGGAACGCCGCGCGCCGCCACGGUCAGAGCGAAAACCGACGUGAAGCUCUGGGGCAUCGACAGGGACUCGUACCGCAGAAUUCUCAUGGGCUCCACCAUAAGGAAAAGAAAAAUGUACGAGGAGUUCUUAUCCAGGGUCUCAAUACUGGAAUCCUUGGAUAAAUGGGAGAGACUCACAGUGGCAGACGCUCUGGAGCCGGUGGCGUUCGACGACGGUGAAACGAUAGUCCGACAGGGCGAACCGGGUGAAGAUUUUUAUAUAAUCGUCGAGGGUACGGCGGUGGUCCUUCAGCAACGCUCGGAAGGGGACGAGCCCGCGGAGGUCGGCCGUUUAGGACCAUCGGAUUACUUCGGGGAAAUAGCGCUACUGCUGGACAGGCCCCGAGCGGCGACCGUGGUGGCCAGGGGUCCGUUGAAGUGUGUGAAACUGGAUCGGGCGCGGUUCGAGCGGGUCUUAGGUCCGUGCGCCGAUAUUCUGAAACGCAACAUCACCCAGUAUAACAGCUUCGUGUCCCUCUCCGUGUAAACGGACUCGUAUCUCUCCGCAUCCACUCCUCUCCUCCCCCACCCCCCCACCUCUUCUCCGACUCCAAAUUCCGUCAUCGCAGUCAGCGCUGCCAAUCAUCCAUCCCCCUCCGACUUCAUUUUCCACCGAGGGCUACGUUCUUUCGCCGUACCAUAGUUAAAUCUUUUUUUAUUUGAUUAAUAUUUAUAUGUAAGUGAAUUAAUGUAUUACGUCAGCUACCAAUCAGAUGUGUACCACGCCAUACACACAGACACAGAAAGAAAAACAAAACGGUAUCGUUAGAGAGACGCUGUUAAUAUAUUUACCGUAAGGCUAUUUACGCACUGUGUAGCUCGCGACUCGAUGCCGACGCGCACGCGAAUUCAUAUUUGACGUUGAUCUCUUCCGCGCGAUCUGUUCCUACUCGUGGUGUGAGAUUCUCACGUGCACGAGAAAUUAUUAAUCCGUUAACGUCUGACCUUUUUCGAGGGGCUGAGGAUCUAGUUUUAAAAAAGAAAGAGCGAAUGUAAACAAAACAAAACAAAAACUACGAAGGGUACCGGAUACUAGUAGUUUAUGUUAGAGAACAGGUUCCAAUUCGUGUGAGACCAUGUCCCUCUUCGCUUGAGGACGCUAACGGGUUAAUCCGGUUAAUGGCACGUUGCGCACAUCCCGAGUGCAUUGUAGAGAUCUUUGAUCGAAGCCGAUACGCGUGUUCCGACGUGGUUUACAAAUCGCAUCCCGAGGUCCAACGUCGAAGACGCAGACGCUCGUGUUAUUGCGCGAAUCCGUGAUCAAACCACGUUAAAUUCUUCGAACCACGUUAAUAUCAGAGCCAUUUUUAAGGCUUCUAUUUACGUCAGAAGCGAAAAAAUUGUAUUGCCUCCCGCAACUCGUUCGAUGGAGUAAAUUGGUGAGAUACACCAAGUCUUUCUAUGAUCCUGCAUCCACGGUGAUAAAUAAGUCUACAUAUAUAUAUAUAUAUUUUGAAUGUGGAUCUCGCGACAUCCGAUUAAAACUUUUGCAGCGUUUAAUUUGCGAACCGAGGUCUUUGGUGAAUUUCACAAGUCUGUUCUGUCGAAUAGAGGUAGUUGUAUGUAUAAAAAAAAAACUUGCUCCUUGCAAACGUAUUGUAAGUAUUGCGUAAAGCAUAUACGUACGAAUUUUCGCUUCCGAUGUAAUCCGGAUGCAGCUGCAGUGACGAGCCAGUAGCCGUAAAUAUCCAGCAGUGAGGAUCGGCGUUGAAAGCGACGUUUUCUCGUUUACUGUUAUAUACUUUAAAUGUUCUAUGUUGUCUCAUGGAUUGUUAAAUUAUUUAACAUUUAAAUUAUUUUAUCUACCGAUUGCGAAUCGGUAUAUAUAGAUAUAUACAUAAUUAGCAACGACAACGUAAGUGUCGGUCGCGAUUUGCAAUUGCGGACGUCGAGAGUGGUUAAUAUUUAUUAUUAAGCGAAGCAGCAUCGUCGAGGCGAAGUCGAGGCAGAACGAGUCGCAAUCUAUGUCUCCUCUAAAAAGUGCGCUAGGUUUAUAGUACGACAAGCGAGACAAAAAAAAAAUAUAAGGUACAACGUCAGAAAAUUAAAUAAUUUAUUAUGCACAA